CAUCAACAAAUCCAACACAAGCUUCUCUCUUAAUCUUCAUCUUCAUCCUCAUCUUCAUUCAAACACUAAUUUCAAUCAAAAUCUUUAACUCAUAAAAUCAAACACAAAGAUAUUAAAUGAUUAUGGAGUCUGUGGUUUCAGAGCUAGAAGGAACCCUUUUAAAGACCAAAGAUCCUUUCUCCUACUUCAUGCUAGUCGCUUUCGAAGCGUCGGGCUUAAUCCGAUUCGCAUUGUUGUUGUUAUUCUGGCCGGUUAUCCAGCUACUUGAUGCAUGCGGGAAGCCGGAUAUUGGCUUGAAACUGGCCAUCUUUCUUGCCACCGUUGGAGUUCCCAUUUCGGAGAUUGAGUCGGUUGCAAGAGCGGUUUUGCCAAAGUUUUACUUCGAUGAUAUUGAUAUGGAAGCUUGGAAGGUGUUUAACUUGGGUGAUAAACGAGUGGUUGUGACCAAAAUGCCUACGGUUAUGGUUGAGCGGUUUGUGAAAGAGCAUUUACUAGCUGAUGAAGUUAUUGGGAGUGAGCUUGUGGUUAGCCGCUUUGGGUUCGCCACUGGCUUGGUUCGAGAUGGCGAGUUUGGAUCUUCGGCUUGUGACCGUGUUGCAGCCAUGUUUAAUGGUCAACAACCAAUCGUAGGGCUCGCGAGAUGUGUUUCUGAUUCUCCGUUCUUGUCUCUAUGCAAGGAACAAGUAAAUGCACCAUACAUGAUCAAAGAGCACACACACAGACCACACCAGAAAACCCGGCCAGUGCCGGUUAUCUUUCACGACGGGCGCCUCGUGAAGCGGCCGACACCUUCCACCGCUCUUCUCAUCCUUCUCUGGAUCCCCAUCGGUGUAGUCCUAGCAAUCUUCCGUAUACUCGUUGGCGCUAUGUUGCCAAUGUGGGCUAUUCCUUACAUGGCCUGCAUAUUUGGCUCGAAGGUGAUAGUGAAAGGAGUGCCGCCACCACCACCGUCAGGGUCCAAUGGUGGCGUACUCUUCGUCUGCACCCACCGGACUUUAAUGGACCCUGUUGUGUUAUCCACUGUUCUCCAACGAAGUAUCCCAGCGGUCACUUACUCUGUAUCAAGAUUAUCCGAGAUCUUAUCUCCCAUCCCCACCGUUCGUUUGACCCGGAUCCGACAUGUGGAUGCCGAGAAAAUUAAGAAGGAGCUAUCCAAAGGCGAUUUGGUGGUUUGCCCAGAAGGUACGACUUGUAGAGAACCAUUUUUGCUCCGAUUCAGUGCACUUUUCGCCGAAUUAACAGACCGGAUCGUGCCGGUGGCAAUGAACUAUCGGGUCGGGUUUUUUCAUGCGACUACCGCGAAGGGUUGGAAAGGGUUGGACCCGAUAUUCUUCUUCAUGAACCCUAGACCUGUUUAUGAGGUCACAUUCUUGAACCAGUUGCCCGCGGAGGCUACAUGUUCGUCGGGAAAAAGCCCACACGAUGUCGCGAAUUACGUUCAAAGAAUCUUGGCGGCCACACUAGGGUUUGAGUGCACAAAUUUUACAAGGAAAGACAAGUAUAGAGUGUUGGCCGGAAAUGAUGGAACGGUGUCAUACACGACGUUGAUGGACCGGGUCCAGAAGGUCGGGAAAACAGUGAGGAAGGUGGUGGGUACAUUUAAACCCUUUGUGUUUAACUAGUUGAUGGUAAUUAAUUAAUAUAAUAAUUGUUUGUUUUUUUACUUGUAAUAAUUUUUACUUCAUUCCUUGCUUAUUGUUUAUGAACAUUUUUUUUGUAAGUUUUCUUUUACAUAAAAAGGUUGAAUAAUGUAUGUGGAUUUGAUAUU